CGAGCCAUUUCUGUUCCCUCAGCCACAAUUCAACUGCUGCUGUUCACUCACCAUCCUCCCAUCCCCCACCAGCCACACCCAGCCCCCGUACACCCCAGCUGCCCACUUCUGAGGACCACCACACCGCCCGUCCACCAGAGGAGACUUGCAUCUCCUGCUUGCCAAUCAACACUGCACGACAACUUCGACAUCAUUUCCACCCCGUCUCCGCCCGUCACAGGCCCAUCUCCCCUCUCAACCACAUCAUCCAAAUCCUCACCCGUCUCUACCACCUCGAACGGUACAAGCAGUACUGCAUCCAAGCUUCGGCCGCUUCUUCCAAGGCCAUCGGCUCGUGAGCCGACCAGACCUGUGAGCUCUGCCACCAAGGCGCAGCUAGCCGCGGGCAAAAUGGACAAGCUCCCAUGGCGUACUACAUCGGGAGGAAAGAAGGGGCCGUUCACUGUGGACAGCGGCGGCGGGCAGCCGAGUAGGGGAAACACCAGGGGGCCAGAGAGAUCCCCCUCGAGACAACAAUCAAACCCUGCUACCCCUGCAAUGCCGCCUUCCAUUCCAAUCAAGAGAAACAGUUUCCCAUAUCCACCCCAGCCUUACCCAGCUUUCCCCCAAUCGUCUAGCUUUGGCAAAAGCGGUUCUUUCCACGGCAAUGACCAUCACUCGUCUAUUUCUACCACUCCCACGCCCAUGACCCCAAUUGAAAUCUCCACCGCGCAGCCGCGAAACAGCUACCACCAGGGAACCCACCUAUCCUCGUCUCGAAGUAAGCGCAACAGCCACCUGGUGUCUACCACCCCCAUUGAACCACCUCCAUCCCCUUGGAGCGGUGGUUUUUUCGGGCAGAGCGACAGUGAUGCGUUUGACUGGUCUAGUCUGCCUAGCUCUGCUAGCUGGCUGCCGCCUCCGCAGAAUAAACAAACCAACAACGACGAGUCACUCGACCCAUCCAUCUUUGCUAGCCUUGCACAAAUCGUCGAAAGCCAAAGUCAAAGGGCGAAUAUGGCUUCGACAGACAUGAUGAACGUGCUCGAUACGACAUCACCGAAAUCUUCUGGUGGGGCGCACUCGCAUUCUUCCGGCAUUAGUCUCUUGAACCGCCGGAUGCAGCAUCAGCAAGGCAACCACGCCAAUGGCGACCAUAUACCUGGUAUUCUCGCCGAUCCUGCGAGUUUGGGGGCUUUCCCUGGGUCUCCGCAUAGCUACAAUCGCGUCAGUUUUGCCCACCCUGGCGGCAACAACGGCAAGGGGGCAGCCCAUUCCCUCCGGGGCGAGACGCCGGCCACAACCCCGGGCGGCAGCGAGUCGUGGGUCAACAGCCCAAAGGAGGCAGGCUUCUAUGGGUCCUCAUGGCAACAAGAAGCGUCCCUCAGGCCCGAGUCGCAGGGCUCACGCCAUCGACCUAUCGCCCCCCGCCGCAAGGAGGCACCACAUUACCCUGCUCCCACUGGUAGCAAGCCAGGUAGUGGUGGGCACUCUAGACACGCGUCGAGGGCGGGAUCAGAGGCGGUUCCCGAAACACCGCUGCCAGCAGGGGUGGAGCUUCCUGAACUGCCUCCUCUACCCGAUGGACUGUCGUUGGAGCAUCUCGCACAGUAUGGAGCUGCCGGUCUGGAGAUGGCGCUGAGGAUGGGUAUGGGGAUCGGAAUGGGUCUGGGACAGCCAAAGCCAGAAGACCAGCAGCAAUGGCCUCUACCUUCUGCCAAUGCGCCGACACCCUCGUCGUCGCAGAACGCGCCCUCUCCCGCAGACCCCAAAGGCCGAAAGAAUUCCAAUGUCGUCCAGAACAUUUUGGAGGACGAUUUCCUCGGCGGCCGUGUUCCUUCGACUCCCCUCAUGAGCCCUCCUCUCAACAUCGACGUCGCUUCUUUCCCAGUCACGCGCAGACCCUCACAAAGUGACCUUGCCAGCCCCACUCUUCCUCCCGUUGGUUCCCCCGACGAAAUGGCCAAGAAGGAUCCGCUGGCGGCCCAAGUAUGGAAGGCGUAUGCCCGGGCUAGAGAUACACUUCCCAACGGUCAGCGUAUGGAGAAUUUGACUUGGCGUAUGAUGCACCUCACGCUGAAGAAGAAGGAAGAGGAAGAAAAGCUGGCGAGGGAGGCAGAAGAGAGAGAAAGGGAAGAAAGGGAGAAGGAGGCGGCGGAGAAGGCUGCCAAGGAUGAAUUGCCGCCUAUGGAAGAGAGACGAGGGCGUUCAAAGGGCAAAUCAAGAAUUGUUGGGUUUGCUGGCGCGACGGGGUCGAGCUCUCAAUCGCCAAACGGUAUGGAUAUUGACUGGCGAGCCGCCAGCCGAUCUCGUUCACGUAUACCUAUGGAUAUUGAUUGGCGAGCAUCCUCUAGGUCGCGCUCCAGAUCUGCGGCACCUUUCCGCAACAUCUUCAGCGAGGCACACGCCCACAGCCUCCUCGCCUCUGGUGGAACCCCGACCGCAGAGAUGGGCCAGUACAUGACUGGUAAUGGCACUUGGAACGUGGAGGCCUCCGGCAAUGAUUCUCAUGGUUCCCAAGGACAACGUCACGCGCACCGUCAACACGCUGUCUCACUCCCUGCCAACCACCAUUCAAUCAUGCAGGCUAUGGGAAUGUCAGCAGAUGGCAAGGCGGGCGAAGAGGAGGCAUUGGGCGCUUCGCACCAGUCGCAGAAGGCUAUGGAGCACCUGCAAAUGGCGUUGGCGAGCGGGCAGAGUCCAAACAGUCAUGCCUACAAUCUGCCGGGAAUCAGCGGGCCCGGGCUGUACUCCAACACGGAGGAGAAUUAUCAUCCCCAAUACGGAUUCCUCCCUCGGCGAGUCCGAAAGACAUCGUUUGACCAUACUCUCAAACAAGUCGACGAAGACGAAACCUCUACAUCCCCUUCAUCCAACCCGCGAAAGCGCCAAGCCGAGCAUUCGCCUCGAGACGGUGCCAACAAACCUUUGCCAGAGGGCGAUACCGGUUUUCCUUCGUCCAACUUUACUUUCAGCUUCCCCCAAUCAUACGAAAACUUCUUUGAUCUCAAUGCUGCCAGUGGUACGCCUUCUGUCAGUGGCGAGCAAGGCCAAAAUGGCGAAGGGGACGUCGAUCUUGUUGAUCUUGCAGAGUGGGCUAGUCAACCCGUCACUACCGGUACUUCUGCGUUCGGUUCUCCAUCUGCUUUCAGCAAUGUCGAACCUGGCAUGUCGCUCCCCGCCAUGCCUCAGGCUACUGGCGAUAACCCCUUCGACUUCCAGCAAUUGAUGCACCUCUACCUGAACGCCAACUCUUCUGCCAGCCCGUUCACGCAUAUCAACCCCAACCAAGUGUUGGGCGGCGGUAGUAGCCAAGGACAUACGCCUGGCAACGAGUUUUCGCCGAGCGCCAUCUCGCCUGCGAGCGGGGCGCCUACACCCGGUAGCAACUCUGGUGCUGCCAUCCGGCCGAUGCCCAAAGCAGUGGGCGGUAGGCCCGUCGAGCAGAGCAAUAUGGCGCCCCCCAACAGAUCUAACAGUACCCCCAACCUUGCUGCUCUCAGGGCUUCGGGUUCCAACAAGUCGUCUCGUAACAAGGGCGAUCUUGCAGGACCUUCAAGUAAGAGUAGCAAGAACAAUGGGAACAGCAAGGAGGCGAGCGUUUCGAGGUCUGGCCAAGGUUCGCCAGAGGAUGAGGAUGGGGGACCGGGGUCAAUCAUGUCCAACGGGGAAAAUCCGACCAUGUGCACCAAUUGCCAGACGACAAACACCCCGUUGUGGCGAAGAGACCCCGAAGGUCAGCCGUUGUGUAACGCUUGUGGCUUGUUCUACAAAUUGCAUGGUGUUGUGAGACCGUUGUCCCUCAAGACAGACGUCAUCAAAAAGAGAAACCGAGCCAACCAAGGCAAGGAAACCGGUCCCAGUCGCAAGGGCAGCGUUGCACCGCCAAAGAAUGUGUCUGCUCGACCAAAACCUUCUUCGCCGAGCGCCACGACAUCCAGUGCCGCGGGCGGUGGUGGCAAAAAGGCCAGGCGGACUUCUCUGGGCGGGUCGUUACCGAACGAUUCAUCUCAACUGCUCAGCAUGUCCUCCCAAUAAACGACAAACGACACCAUCCUCUUGCAUACGCUCAUCGCGACCAGUCACAUGCCCUUCUGGACAGACACCGUUGCCCAUACCUUGGUCCCAUCUCACAUAUUCUCAACACACAAUAAUGUCUCCUUUUACUUUGUUUUUUCACUUUCUAGUCCCUGUUCGUUUUCUCUUUUGGUACGCUUUGCUAUGAUAACGGUGAUGCCCGGAGAAAGAGGGCAGUAGAGGAAGACAGUUCUUAGACUUCAUGUACCAGUCUCCAUUGCAGAAUAAAUACA